AUGGCGCAGAAGUGUGUCCAUCAGGGUUGCGGCAAGGAAUACACAGAUCCCGACGAGAUCUGCCGCUAUCAUCCUGGGCCCCCAGUUUUUCAUGAGGGCCAGAAAGGAUGGAAGUGUUGCAAGCCCCGUGUCCUCACUUUUGAGGAGUUCAUGGCCAUAGAGCCUUGCACCGAGGGGAAGCACAGCACUACGGACCUGCCGCCCAAGAUCGAGAAGAAGGAGGCCGAUCCCGCCCUUCUCGAGACCCGGAGCAUGGCCUCCCCGCCUCCCCGUACGCCCAUCGCCGCGCCACAGCACAUACCGACGCCUCCUCCUCCGCCCCCAGAGUCCGAAGAGGACGACGAGACCAUUGAGAUUCCAGAUGGGCAAGUAUGCAGGCGCAAGGGCUGCGGUGCCACCUACAAGAAGGGCUCCAGCCGGGAAGGUGAGACUUGCGUUCACCACCCCGGCGUCCCGAUUUUCCACGAGGGCAGCAAGGGCUACAGCUGCUGCAAGCGGCGUGUGUUGGAGUUUGACCAGUUCAUGAAGAUUGAGGGCUGUAAGACCAAGCCCCGGCACUUGUUUGUGGGGAGUGGAAAUAAGGAUGCGUCUGGCAAGGGUCCCGCCCUUUCCGGGGGUGAGGAGCUGCUUGAAACUGUCAGAAAUGACUACUAUCAGACACCAACGACGGUGAUUGCAUCUUUCUUCCUAAAGAAGAUUGAUAAGGAGGCGGCCAAUGUUGAAUUUCAGGAGAAGCAACUGAAUCUCAACUUGCUCACAACGGACACGCCCAUUCCGAAGCGUUACAAGGCCGAGGUGCCGCUGUACGGAUCCAUCGAUCCCACACGGUCGACAUUCAAGAUCUUGGGUACCAAGCUUGAAGUGUCGCUAGCUAAGGCGGACGGCAGCUCUUGGCCGGUGCUGCGUAGUGACGACCGUCCAACGGGUGAGAUACUCCAGGUUGGCCGCGCAGGAAUGGCCAAAUAA